CACAAUUCAAACAAUUUUAGAAACUUCAGAGUGUUUUCUAUCCAAUACUAAUAUUAAUAUUAAAAUAUUAACAACUAUGACUGUGGAGCAGGCCGUUGAAUAUGGGCACCUCUGUGCACCUUUCAUCCAAGCUUCUCAAUACUGCCCCUGCAGCCAUAAGAAGUUAAAUAAAAUGUUUUUUUCUCUGUGAAAUUGUAUUAGGAUGACAUAAUAUAAUUUCCCAUUUUUUUGGAGCAUACAAUAAAUCUCAAUAUUUGUAUGAUUUAUUUGAUGCAGUCUUUUUUGCUCAUCUUUAUCAACGCUUCCAAUAAUUUCAGACUCAUCAUAGAGCCUCCAUAUCCACUUUCUUUCUCAGGAGCCUGGGCCCAGACAGUUACCCAGAAACCUGAUGAGGUUGUGUAUAAACUGGCUCAGAAUGCCUCAAUGGACUGCCAGUUCAUCCACACUCCAGACCAGCAGGUGGCAAAGAAUCCCAUUCUCUACUGGCAUAAAAUUACAAGUUUGACCCAAAUGACAAGACUGUGGCCUGACCCAGAGUCAACGUACAAGGGUCGUGUGGAGGUUCUGGACAGUGACCGCAACUCACCGAACAGAUCUGUACUUCUGAAGAAUGUCCAGUGGGAGGAUAGCAGUGGAAAGUACGAGUGUAAACUGUCUUAUAGGGCCGCCAAACAAGAUAAGAGGACGAAAGGGAGCGGCGUUAAGCUGUUGAUACAUGAUUCGAUGUUCUUUGGGCUUGACCCUGAGAAUAAGACCCAAAUCAUGUGUGCUGUGAAUGUUUCCCGGGAUGAUGGGUUUUUCUUAUCCUUGCUACAAGACGGAUCUAAAGUAUUCCAAAAGACCAUUGAUCCUCUUCACCCCAGCAUGUCACUGUCUGUUACCCUGUCUGUGAUCCUCCCCUUGGAGAAGGGAAAGAAUUAUGAGUGUCAAAUCCACCUGGGCUCCACUAUGAUAAUGAGCCAGCCCUUCGAACAGCCGCUUGAGACGCCAGUAGAGAAGGUGCUUCCUGAACCAGUUUUCCUGUUCGUGGCCAUCCUCCUGGUCCCCAUCACCGUGCUUCUGACUCUGCUCACAGCCCUUCUUGUUCUAAGCAGAUAAGACAGGAGAUAGUAAGACUGACAAUGCCAGAUAUACAGUGCAUUCAGAACGUUUUUAUGUUAUUUCACCUUCAUUUUACCAGGUAGGCUAGUUGAGAACAAGUUCUCAUUUGCAACUGUGACCUGGCCAAGAUAAAGCAUAGCAAUUCGACACAUAAAACAACAGAGUUACGCAUGGAAUAAACAAAACAUACAGUAGAAAAAAAUAAAACCAAAGUCUAUAUACAUGUGAGUGCAAAGGAGGUAAGAUAAGGGAGUUAAGGUAAUAAAUAGGCCAUGGUGGCGAAGUAAUUACAAUAUAUAAAAUAAACACUGGAAUGGUAGAUGUGCAGAAGAUGAAUGUGCAAGCAGUGAUACU